UGUCUCUGUUAUAGGCAUUUUCAUACCUUUUCUCCUUAGCCAUGAUACGAAUCGAUACACACUUAUGGUCCCCCGCCCAUAAGGAUGAGCUUUCUGAGAAUGAUGUAUGGAAGUUCGUUGAUAUAAUGAGAGAGGGAAAUCUUUUUAGUUCUCCUAUUCUGUUUUUCUGUUGCGACUGUCUAGAGCGCAUUGAAGACAAUGAUCUUCACUGCCGUUGCACUUUAUGCUCCAAGCUGUGGCAUCUCCGUUGCAUCCCAAGUUCCCCGCACGAUAUAACCCACCCGUUCCACGCAUACCAUCCUCUGAAGCUUCUUAUUGAUGUUCCACAACCACCUUAUCACUCAAAAGGGAAAUGCGAUGCAUGUAAGGAAGAACUCAAGAGCUAUUUCUACCAUUGUUCUAUAUGCGAUUUCAGCGUGCACGUGAGAUGUUCCAAGGACCCACCACCACCGAUUGUUGAAACUCCAAUUAAGUGCCAUGACCAUACACUCACAUGUAUGGUUAGAAAUGACACAUUCACAUGUAACGCUUGUGGUACGCAUGGUGAUCGAUGCCCUUAUGUAUGCGCUCCCUGCGGUGUCAUGUUCCACAGGGAAUGUAUCGACCUACCACACGUCAUAAACAUCAAUCGUCACGACCAUCGAGUCUCUCACACUUACUCUCUUGGUUUUGGGAAAAGGAAAUGCAUGAUUUGUCACAAGAAAGUGGAUUGGAGGUACGGAGCUUAUCUAUGUUCGACAUGUCCUGAUUAUUAUGUUGUUCAUUCCAAAUGUGCAACUAGAAAUGAUGUGUGGGAUGGGGUAGAGCUCGAAGGGGAGCCUGAAGAAUAUUUUGAUGUUUCGCCAUUCGAAGUGAUUGAAGAGGGAAUUUCAAUUAAACAUUUCUCCCAUGAAGACCAUAUCUUAUAUAAGAUUGAAGACGAAGAUGAUAUACUUGAUGGAAGCAUGCGUUGUGAAGCUUGCAUCCAUCCUAUCUUUUCUGAGAGGCACUACAAGUGUAUGGAAUGCGAAGACUUUGUCAUCCACGAAACAUGUGCUAAUCUUCCUCUUCGAAAACGACAUUGGCUCUCCAGGAAGCCGUUUUAUUUAAACGCCAAUAAGGAUGAUACAAGCAAAUCACUCUUCCGAUGUGGUGCAUGUGAAACAACAUCCAAUGGUUUUAGGUACGAGAGUGAGGGAGUGUCACUAGAUAUGCGAUGUGCGUUCGUGGUCUCAUCGUAUGACAGUGAAUGUCACCCACAUACACUCUUUCUCACCACGUUGGAAAAGGGCACUUGUGGGGGUUGUAAGCUCCUCAAAAAACAUGUGCUACGUUGUACUGAAUCAGAAUGUGAUUACUCCUUGUGCUUGGCGUGUGCUACUCUACCGAAGAAGAUAAAACGCAAGGGUGAUGAGCAUUUUCUAUUCUUGCGCCACGGUGAGGAAGAUGUCAGCGGUAAGUAUUGGUGUGAAGUUUGUGAAACCGUUUUAGAUCCACAUGAGGAAUGGUUUUACACAUGUGAUGUCUCUGGAGUCACUUUUCAUGUUAAGUGUGUGGUUGGGGAGUUUCCAAAAGCUAAGCCAGGAUUUACUUAUCAUUAUCAAUGUGUGCUAGGGGAGACUCCAUCACUCAUCUACGGAAGACUCUUCCGUCCUGCUGAGGGGGAAGAGAAAAUAGAACUUGUACCUAAUGACCGUGUUACGAGACCAAAAUGUGCCUCAUGCGGCUCUCGUUGCCUACCUCCCCUUAUUCUAAAGCUCUACUUGGUGGAUACUUAUGAGGUUUAUUGUUGUAAUCUUAAAUGUUCUCUCAAGUUUUUGGUAGACACAUCAAAAGACUACAACCAGUGUUUUCAAAACCGGAUCAGACGUGUUGGUCGGACUGGUCCAACCAUGACUCCUUUCGUUGCUCAAGUUCAGCAUCGGAUUAGACCGGUCUAAACUUAAAAAAAUGUACUAAAACUUUUUAAGUUUAAGUAAUAUGCUUCUUUUUUUUUUAGUUUUUUAGUGUUGGUUCUUUUUAAGUUUCCUCUCAUGGUUUAUCUUCUUGUAUUUACCUCUUUGUGUCUCUCCCUCCUAUGGUAGGCUGUUGGCUCCGGUGGCUAUUCACUGCUACCCACUUUGUAUUCUGUUAAUGUUUUAGUAUAACACCAGUUGAACAAUUCAUUAUAAAUGUUUGAGC